AUGUCUAAACAUUCCGUUGUUCGAGAUUGGGUCAAGAAAGGUAAUUUUCAGUUUGGUUGUCUCUUGGAAACAAGGGUAAAGGAAUCUAAAGCUACGGCUAUACUUGCUUCAGUAUUUCCUGAUUGGUCUUAUUUAACUAACUAUCCUUUCAAUCGAAGAGGAAGGAUAUGGGUGGUAUGGAAUUCAAACGUUCGUCUUACACCGUGUUACACCAGCAGUCAACUAAUCACCUGCUCGGUUCUGCUGGAAGGUGAAGACAAGGAGCUUUUUGUUUCUUUUGUCUACGCAGUUAAUGGUGUCGAAGACAGGAAAGCAUUGUGGGAGGAUUUGAAGUCUCACCAAGACUCUCCAUUGUUUCGAAACAAAGCAUGGAUGAUAUUUGGUGACUUUAAUGAAAUUUUGAAGGGAGAUGAGCACUCACUCUCGGAUGUUAAUCCUACUGUGUCACAAGGAAUGCGUGAUGUUCAGGCGGUUGUGCAGCAUUGCUCCUUCAGUGACUUGCAAUCUCAUGGUCCGCUGUAUACUUGGUGUAAUAAACGUGAGUUUGGUCUUAUCUGUAAGAAGCUGGACAAAGUUCUUGUCAAUGAUGUUUGGCUUGCUGAGUAUCAACAGUCAUAUGGUGUUUUUGAGGCAGGAGGCUGUUCUGAUCAUUUAAGAUGCCGCAUUAAAAUUGGGGGAGAGAAACCUCGUUUGCGACGACCAUUUAAGUUCUGCAAUACUUUGGUAGAGGAUGAUAAUUUUUUGCCAAUGGUUAAAGAGUUCUGGGAUGGUACUGAGAGUUUGUUUCACUCGACUUCAGCAAUGUACAGGUUCUCCAAAAAGUUAAAAGCAUUGAAACCGCAAAUAAAGCAGUUGAGUCGUGAUCGUUUAGGUAAUCUGCAAAAGCGAGCCAAAGAGGCAUUUAAACAUCUCUGUAAUUGUCAGACUGAAACACUGCAAAAUCCAACUGAUCAGAUAAUGCAGAGAGAAGCGGCUGCCUAUAGUCGGUGGAUGUUUGUAGCAGGGUUGGAGGAAAAAUAUUUAAAACAAAAAUCUAAACUACACUGGCUAAAGGACGUGGAUCAGACACUAUUGGUAAAAGAUGUUAUGGAGGUUGAGAUUCGGGACAUCUUAUUUUCUAUGCCAAGGGAUAAGAGUCCUGGUCCUGAUGGAUACACCGUGGAGUUUCUUAAGGCGACUUGGUCAGUUGUUAAGAGCGACUUUAUUACCUCGGUUCAAUCUUUCUUUAAAUUUGGCUUUUUACCAAAGGGUGUAAACACAACCAUUCUCGCUCUAAUCCCAAAGGACUAUAGGCCUAUUUCUUGUUGCAAUGUGACAUAUAAGGUGAUCUCCAAGCUUCUUGCCAAUAGACUUAAACAACUACUGCCUGAAUUUAUCUCUCAAAAUCAGUCUGCUUUCGUCAAGGACAGACUGUUGAUGGAGAAUGUCCUCCUAGCGUCGGAGAUAGUCGCUAAUUAUCAUAAGGACACUGUGUCACCUAGGAGUGCAAUAAAGAUUGACAUCUCUAAGGCAUUUGACUCUGUUCAAUGGCCUUUUUUGCUUAGUAUCUUCCGCACUCUGCGAUUUCCACCGCAAUUUAUCAAGUGA